AUGAAGUUAACCGAAAGCUCCUCAAAGCAACUCAUCAAACUCAAUUGCCUUCUUUCAAACUUCACUCAUUCCCACCAAUUCUCCGAUGCUCUCUCUCUCUUCAACCAAAUUCACUCUUCCCUUCAUCUCCGACCAGAUCAUUACACCCUUUCAACCACUCUCACCGCAUGUGCCAACAUUGUAAACACUAGCUUCGGCAAUCAGCUCCACGGUUUCGCCAUUAAAACAGACCUUAAACAAUUCCCACAUGUAUCAAAUUCUCUUCUUUCAUUCUACGCCAAAUCUAAAGAUUUGGGUUCAGUUAAAAGGGUCUUUAAAGAAAUUGAAACCCCAGAUGUUUAUUCUUGGACUACGCUAUUGUCUGCCUGUACUAAGUUGGGGGAAGUUGGGUAUGCUUGUAAGGUGUUUGAUGAAAUGCCGCAGAGGAAUUUGGCUGUUUGGAAUGCAAUGAUUACUGGGUGUGCUGAAAGUGGGUAUCACGGGAUUGCUUUGAAUUUGUUUCAAAGAAUGCAUUUUUUAGGUGUUAGAUAUGAUAAUUAUGCUUUUGCUAGUGUUUUAAGUUUGUGUGAUAUGGAGUUAUUGGAUUUCGGAAGACAAGUGCAUUCGAUGGUCAUCAAGACGGGUUUUUUGGUAAGAGCUUCAGUGAUUAAUGCUUUGGUUACCAUGUAUUUUAACUGUAAUAAUGAUUUUGAUGCUUUUGGAGUAUUUGAAGAAGCUGAGGAUGAAGUGCUUGAUCCUGUAACUUAUAAUGCAAUGAUAGCUGGUUUAGUGAGUAUGGAAAGAGCUGAGGAGGCAUUAGUAAUGUUCAAGGAUAUGCGUAAGUUUUCUUUGAGACCUACUGAGUUCACUUUUGUGAGUAUAAUGAGUUCAUGUUCAUGUAUUAGAAUUGCUUCUCAACUGCAUGCUCAAGUUGCUAGAAUAGGUUUAGAAAACUAUACGUCUAUCGCUAAUGCAACAAUAACCAUGUAUGCUAGUUGCGGGAACUUGAAUGCAGCCUUUUUAGUUUUUGAAAGACUGAAGGUGAAGGAUAGCGUGUCGUGGAAUGCCAUGAUUACAAGUUAUGCCCAAAAUUGUUUGGACAGUGCAGCAAUUUCUGCAUACAUUCAGAUGCAGAAGGAAGGGUUAGAGCCAGACGAGUUUACGAUAGGAAGCAUACUCGCAAGCUCAGAGUCUCUAGUAAUUGUUGAAAUAAUUUUGGGUGUUGUUUUGAAGAAGGCCCUUAUCUUGAAGACUGAAGUAUCUAAUGCGCUGCUCUCUGCCUUCUGUAAGCAUGGUGAAAUGAAGCAAGCUUAUCAAGUUUUUCAUGACAUGUUCCCUAGAAACAUGAUCUCUUGGAAUACUUUGAUUUCUGGUUGUCAUCUCAAUGGACUACCCAUGGGGUGCUUGCACCUCUUCUCUGAGGUUGUGAGUGAACGUUUGAUGCCUAAUCCUUUUACUCUAAGCAUCAUUUUGAGUGUUUGUGCCAGCAUUUCAGCUCUACAACAAGGGAAGGAGAUUCAUACUUACAUUCUCAAAUCUGGAUUCAUUUCAGAAAUAUCUUUAGGAAAUGCCCUCAUUACAUUGUAUGCAAAAUGUGGACUGUUGCAUUGGUCUCUAAAGGUGUUCCAGAUAAUGACACAAAAAGACACAGUUUCUUGGAAUUCAAUUAUUACUGCAUAUGCACAGCAUGGGAAAGGCAAGGAAGCUGUACAUUGCUUUGAGAUGAUGCAAGAAUUAGGUGGGGUCAAACCAGAUAACACGACCUUUAAUGCAGUUCUAUCAGCUUGCAGCCAUUCAGGCUUAAUCGAUAAAGGCAUUGAAGUUUUUACCUCCAUGGUUCAUACCUACGGUAUAGAACCUACAGCAGACCACUUCUCUUGCAUUGUUGAUCUUCUAGGUCGGGCUGGAUAUCUUGAUGAGGCAGAAAAACUGGUAAAAGAUAGGCAUGUUGAUGUAGAUUCCACUGUUUGGUGGACAUUAUUCAGUUCAUGUGCUGCUUAUGGCAACGUUAGACUAGGCAGAAUUGCUGCGGGAUUUCUGCUUGAGACUGAGAAGAAUAACCCCACGGUGUAUGUGCUUUUAUCCAAUAUUUAUGCUAGUGCGGAGAACUGGGAGGACUCUGCUAAUGUGAGGAAACUGAUGAAUAAAUGUGGAGUGUUAAAGCAACCAGGAAGCAGUUGGAUAGGGUCCUAACACUCAUUUCGUUAAUGCUGGAUAUCUUGACAUGAUUGGUUUCGAAGUUCAACCUUACUUAUCAAACGGAGAUUGUUCAUGGUGGAGGAAAGGUACUAUGUCUUUAAGAUUUAGACUAGCAAUGUAAAUGGAACAUUGGAACUUUCUGAUCCAUUCCUGCAGGACUUGGGGUAACAGGUAGUCUUAGUCCUACAUUUUCCACUUCAGCUCUGUGCCAGGCAUGCUAUGCUCCUCGCAAGUGCCAAUGACUCCCUAGUCCACUCCACCAGCGAGCUCUUUCCUCUGCAUCCUUCCCCUUCCUUCUGCUCAUGUUGUAAAUUCUUUGAUGAUGACUAAUUGGUGAAUAGCUUAUUGGCUGAAAAUGUUUUCUUGGACGAUUUUAAGGAAAUUUUUGCACUGUGGUUAGCACUCAAUGAAUGUACUUGAACUGGGCAAUUGCAUGAUGCGAUUGCCAUACCAAAGGACAAUUGAUCCAUCAAAAAGGUAUGUGUUCAGAAUAACGAAUAACCAUUUUUCAAGUACAGAUAUCUUUGACAACUGUUAUGUUUCCGAUUGAGCUUGUAUUGGUCCCUACUGGAUCAGAGGGCACCGUCCUUUCAAGGGUCUUUGUGCUGCCUGUGUUGUUAGUUCUCUUAUGGCACUUCGAACAAGUCAAUAACCGUUGAGGUUGGACUUGUCUCUUUGAAGAUUAUAGGGACCAGAGCCGAGGCCUAUUUGUCUCACCUGCUUCAGGGCUUAACAUUUGCCAGAAAAACCCCAUUUAUUUGCAACCACUGAAAGGGACUUGAAAAAGAGAAUCCUUGUUGGUUGCCCUGUUGUAUCAUUAGUAUAAUUACGUCUGAAUAUUUUCUGAAUUCUCUUGUAAUUUAUAGUCUAUAGCAAAUUUAGAACACUUUUGGAGGAAUAAUUGUAGGUAGUGCUUCUGUAGAACGGUGAAACUGAAUUACGCAAGAGUUCAUGUGUAUCAAUUUCAAGUUAAACAAAUUUUCACCAGUGGCUUAAUCAGCUCACAAUUUCCUUUAUUUUA